AUGUCUAGUAGUAUAUCAUUUCUAAAAACUGAUAAACCUGUUGAAAAGGAGCCUACAAAUAAUGAUAAUGGAAUAGCAGAAGACUUUGAAAAAAAACUUCAAGAUUAUAUGCAAUAUUCAGAGAUAUUAGACAAAGCUGGUCCAAAUUUUGUACCUGUAGAUCCAGAAGCACAACUAAGAAAAAUAAUGGAUUUUAUUUUACCAGGAAGAGAAUAUGUAAGUGAAGGUAAAAUUUGGAUUGAAAAAACUUCAACUGUACCAACAACAAGAUUAGAUUUAUUGUCACUUCAUGAAAAAUUUGAAGCAUCUUUAAUUGAAAGAAAUGCUAAAAUGUUUGGUAUAUGUCCAAUAAGAAGAGAUCUUUUUGAUCAGCUAUUUGAUGAAAUUAUUAGACAAGUGACAAUAAAUUGUGCUGAAAGAGGAUUACUAUUACUUAGAAUUAAACAUGAAUUCCAAUUAACUAUUGUCUCUUAUCAAUCAGUAUUAGAAAGUGCUAUAGCAUAUGGAAUUAGAAAAGCAAUUGAAACAGAAGUUCAAAAAUCAUCAGUUGAUGAACAGGCUCAAAAUGAUAGAACUGAAAAUAUUACUUUAAAAAAAAAGAUUGAACAAUUGGAGCAGAAAAGUUUACAAGAAAAAGUACUAAGAGAACAGGAAAUAGAAUUAAUGGUACAAAAUUUAAUAGAAGAAAAUAAUCGGUUAAAUCAAAAUUGUAAAGUAUUAAAAGGACAACUACAGACUAUUCUUCAAUUAGAACAAGAACAAGCAUCUACAAAGCGCACAGUUACUUAA